CAAACGGUGUGUUCGAUUUAUGCUCGCGCUGAAGUUGGAAACUUUCAUUAAUUUUUAUUACUUUAUGCAAUUUUGUUUCCUUGCUGUUUUGUACUCAACGUUAACAAGUAGUUUUUUUGAAUGUUGGAAAACAUCAUUUUUCAUGGAGGUUCCAUGAUAUUUAAUUUCAGUGUUGUCGUCGUAAUGUGGUAGAGCACGAAAAUAGUGUGCUAUCAUGUUGUGUCUUUUGGUGUAUGAUGAAAUUCUGGGAUUAAUGAACGAGGUAUACGUAACAAUUUGAGAGUUAUCUCAUUUUGGAAGUUGGCUAAAAAAAUGUUUUUGUCAAAGAGCUAAUCUUCAGAAUAUGGUGCGGUUGACAAGGUGACAGAUGUUUAGAAGAUUACAGUAAAGCAGAGUUUGGACUUUUAAACAUGUUAGUGAUGUAUCCUAAUGUACAGUCUGCCACUAUGCUCCUUAGUGAGUAAGUACACAUGUUGGACUAUACAUCUACUAACCUCGUGGGCUGUUGGUGAUGUCAGUAAGUGUAUGUGUUAACAACAAGAUUUAUUCAGUCAAAGGAUUUUAUUUGGGCACCUUUGAAAUUCAGGAUUUUUAUUGAGAUGGAUCUUGGUGAGAGUGUUGAAGUGAAGAUAGAGUUAGGCCAUCGGGCGAUCCUCAGAGAGAAACCAACAUCAGAGGGAUUUACCCAUGAUUGGACAGUGUUUGUUCGUGGUGCUGAAGGACAUAAUAUCCAGUAUUUUGUUGAAAAAGUUGUCUUUCACCUUCAUGAAAGUUUCCCAAAACCAAAACGAGUUGUCAAGGAGCACCCUUAUUCUGUAUCGGAAUCUGGCUAUGCUGGUUUUAUUAUGCCUAUAGAAGUGUACUUUCGAACCAAAGAAGAACCAAAAAAAGUUAGAUUUGAAUAUGAUUUGUACUUACGGUUAGAGUUUUCACCUGUUAGAAAUAUCCGUUUAGAAAGGUUGACAUUUCAUAAUCCAUCAGAAGACUUCAGGCAUAAGCUGCUGAAGGCUGGAGGU